UUGACCCACUCCCACUCUGAAGAUGUAACCCAACCUAUUACGAGCAUUCUAUUUCAAGUGGUGAUGAUUCUGAGAGUUUUGAUCAGCAUUCAUUUUGCAUCUGCUUCAAUCAGUGGAGGGUUAGAGAUUUUUGGGACAAGCAUCCAUUUGAAGUUUAAAGAGUCCUUAGAAGUUGUUUAUAAAAAAUUGAUGAUCCAGAGGAUUUACUCAAGUGAUGAGGGAACCUUGCAGCUGUUGAUAAACUAUCUAUUAGUAUCUGUGAGGAUUUACUCGAGUGAUGAGUAUCUACCUGCAGUUGAAGGCUCCGAAAACAUCCCCAAAACAAAAAGAUGCACCGAGAGAAGAGCCGCCCAAGUCAAGUGGCAAAGAUUUUCUCAUAUUUCCAAGAGUCAAGUGCAAGGAGAUACUGCAAUCAAUACUCAUAUGCUGUCUAACCUUUUUGUACAACGUGUGGUUCAUAAUGCAGGUUUCAGCUUUAUAAAUGAGUCGAGAUUGAAAAAGAAACUCAUGCAUGCGAUGUGCCUGUGGUCUAGAACUUAUUGCUUUGGACAAAAUGGGUCAACUUGUUUGUUGUUGUGGUGCAGUUUAAUGAGGAAAAGUGUUUUCCAUCAACUUCUAAGAGAAGCACUUCUCGUAGAGAAUACUUUCCUGGCUAGUCAAGCUCUGCGUCCUGUUUCUUGGAAGAAAGAUAGUUGA